AAAGAUUUAGAACCGCCGAACAACAAGCGGAAAGCCUGUGGCCGCGACUUCGCGUCUCGAUUGGUCCGAAAGUGGGUCCCCUAGCGAAAGGGCGUCCUCUCAUAUGCGGGGUCUCCACGCGCCAAGCCAGACCCCAGACGCGACCGUCACUGAGUGCCCAUGGCGCCUCUUUUGCGUUGGAGCUCUCCACAAUCCUGGAGCCGCCGCUGGGAUAGGGGUGAGAUCCCACUUCUGCAAUGGGUACAAUCGCCGAGGCCUCGGUAUCUUUCCACAUUCUGACUUCGAGAGAUGAUCCACAGGCUGCUUGGCAGCGUGUAAUGCGGGUCACACAGGGGCGAGCUGAACAUAUAAUAAUGGCAGCGUGCGAUCGUCGACUGCUGCGACUCAAGCUCCUGCUCGCCUUUCCCAAGCAUUCUUGCUGACACCGCAGAGAUGGCUCACAACGCGACGGCUGCUAGCGAAUAUUACAACGCCGACCACGAGAAGGAAAUUGUGGCUCACAAUGAGGACAUCAACAGCUCUACGCACGAUGACUUCGAGUCUGAGUUUACGCCCGAGGAGCAGAGGAAGAUCAUCCACCGUGUCGAUCGUCGCCUUGUUAUCACAGUAGGAGUGCUUUACUGCAUUUCGCUGAUGGAUCGUACGAAUUUGUCAGCUGCUGCCAUCGCAGGAAUGACCGUCGAGUUGAAAUUGGGCGUUUUGAUGGGCACUGUUUCGCGUUACUCGGUCGUAACCCUCGUCUUCUUUACCACAUACAUUGUCUUUCAACCACCCUCGACUGUCAUCAUCCGCUACCUUGGACCCCGUGUGCAUCUAUCCACUAUUGUGACCCUUUGGGGCGCAGUAAUGAUUGGAAUGGGUUUCGUCAAAAAUUGGGAAUCCCUGGCCGCGCUGAGAAUCGUGCUCGGUAUCUUAGAAGCCGGAUUCUUUCCUUCCUGCGUUUACCUGAUGUCAACCUGGUACACACGUUAUGACAUCGGAAAGCGAUACAGCGUCUUCUACAUUCUCGGAAGUUUGGCGUCGGCUUGUGCUGGUAUCCUUGCUUACGGCCUGAUGCAAUUGAACGGAAGGGAAGGUCUAACAGGUUGGCGCUGGAUCUUCAUCAUCGAAGGUGCCCUGACAGUUUUCCUCGGUAUCGUUGCCUAUUGGCUGCUGGUCGAUUUCCCUGACAAGGCGCACACAUCCUGGAAGUUCUUGACCGAGCGCGAAGCCAAGUUCAUCAUCGCUCGUGUCGAUAAGGAUCGCGGUGACGCUAAGCCUGAGCCAUGGAACACAAAGAAAUUCUUCAAGGGUGGUGCGGAUUUCAAGGUCUGGUGUUACGCCAUGAUCUUUUUCAACACCACUACUGUAUCAUAUGCCCUUGCCUAUUUCCUUCCAAUCAUCCUACAGCGCAACAUGGGCUUCAGUACCGGCGCUGCGCAAUGCCUUGUCGCGCCCCCGUACGCGUUCGCUGCUAUUAUCAUGUACGGAUGUGGAUGGCUCGGUGACAAGAAGAAGAUUCGUGGGCCGAUUAUCAUUUUCAACAUGAUUCUCUGCUUGGUUGGUCUGCCUAUUAUGGGCUUCGCGAAGUCUCCAGCCGUCAGAUACUUUGGUGUCUUCUUGACGACCGCGGGCGCCAACAGCAACGUUCCAGCAACAAUGUCGUACCAGGCGAACAACAUUCGUGGACAGUGGAAGCGUGCUUUCUGCUCGGCAACGCUUGUUGGCAUGGGUGGAGUCGGUGGCAUUGCCGGAGGCCUUGUUUUCAGAACACAAGAUGCCCCGAACUACCGCCCAGGAAUCUAUGCUUGUAUUGCAACAAGUUGCCUUAGCAUCGUACUAGUUGUUGUGGUCACCAUUCUUUCCAUGGCGCAAAAUAAGAGCGCAGACAGGGGCGAAGUUGAGCUUGAGUACAACGAGGGUGAUCAGAAGGGUUUCCGAUAUACCUUGUAGAGUCUUGCUCUCAUUAAUGAUCUGAACUUCAGAUGUGAGGGAGCCUUCACCGUUACCCUGCGCAGCACGUUUUGAACGACACUUAUGAAUGUAUACCCCAACAGCGCUCGUACAAUAAAUAACAUCAUU